AUGAGUAAAAAACUUAACAAAGAUAAAUUAAGUAGUUCUGAUCAUAAUCGUGCUUCACUAUCUAUAUCACCAAUACCAUUAAAUCAAGAAAUUUUACCACUAACUGGUAUUGAACAAGAAACAUUCAUUCAACAAGCUCUUAGUGAUAUAAAACGUAGAAAUGAUUUAAUGAAAACUAUAUCAAGUAUUUAUAAUUUUGAACCAAUUUAUAUUGAAUUAAUGAAAGAAGAUAAUGUUGAGGAAGAAAUUGUUGUUGAUUUAUUUGAAAGUGAUCAUAAAAAAGAUCUUGGUAAUAAAAGUAAAUAUGAUUCAGUUGUAUUAUUCGAUGAAAAUAUUCUUGUACCUGGAAAACCAGAUGUUACUCUUUCAUAUAAAUCUAAAACAUAUCGUUUUGCUAAUGAAGAUAAUCAAAGUUUAUAUUCUUACAAGCACCAUUUAAAUAUCUACCAAUUAACAAACCACUAA